ACUGACGAAUCGAAAAACCAAAUUCCAAUUUUGAUUUCCACUUCUUUUGGGGGUUUGAAUUCUCUGCAAAAUUCGUCGAGAAUGGUGGCGGCGACUCUGUAUUCGACGGUGUUUGCAUUCUCCGCCUCCCGCCCUUCUUCUUCUCUCGGAGCAAGUAGGAGCUUGAAGAAUUCAGCCUUUUCAUCCCGGAAUCGUUUUCCUCACAAUCCCAUUUCAGCUCGUCCGUCGAUUUCCAGAGUUCGAGCAACUAUUCUGCAAGAAGAUGAAGAGAAAGUGGUAGUGGAGGAGUCCUUUGAGUUCAAGGCUUCAACCUUCGAUGAAUUGAAAGCAAGCAGUGAGAAUCCCCUAGAGAAUUCGUCUUCAAGUGCUUUUGAGAGCUGGGUUAUCAAGUGUGAACAAACCUUCAACAUCUUCCUUACGGAUACAGUGAUAAAGGUACUUGAUACUCUGUACCGGGACCGAGAUUAUGCAAGGUUCUUCGUACUGGAAACUAUUGCAAGGGUUCCUUACUUCGCCUUUAUGUCUGUUCUGCACAUGUAUGAGAGUUUUGGCUGGUGGAGAAGAGCAGAUUAUCUGAAGGUGCAUUUUGCUGAGAGCUGGAAUGAGAUGCACCAUUUGCUUAUCAUGGAAGAAUUGGGGGGAAAUGCUUGGUGGUUUGACCGCUUUCUUGCUCAGCACAUUGCAGUCUUCUAUUAUUUUAUGACGGCCUUUAUGUAUUUAAUAAGCCCAAGGAUGGCAUAUCACUUCUCUGAAUGUGUAGAGAGCCAUGCAUUUUCAACCUACGACAAGUUUAUCAAGGCCCGAGGAGAGGAUUUGAAAAAGAUGCCUGCUCCUGAGGUUGCUGUGAAAUACUACACUAGCGGUGACAUGUACUUAUUUGAUGAAUUUCAAACUUCAAGACCUCCCAAUUCUCGAAGGCCAAAAAUAGAGAAUUUGUACGACACAUUUCUGAACAUAAGAGAUGAUGAAGCUGAACACUGUAAGACAAUGAAGGCCUGCCAGACUCAUGGGAACCUCUCGUCUCCUCACGCACGCACGGAAGACUCCUUAGACGAUGACUCUACCUGCGUCGUUCCUCAAACAGAUUGUGAAGGUAUUGCAGAUUGCAUAAAGAAAUCCGUCACAACAACGCCAGCAAAGUGAUGAUUACUCGAUACAAGAGGAGAAAACAGGAAAAUUAGGUACAAUUAGUGAAUGGUAAAAGAAAUUUGUAUACAGAAGAAUGAUAUAGUAUAGAUCUAAAUUACAAAAGAAGUAUAAGACGAAGACAUGGAUGUGGUGUUCUUUCCCAUUUCUUUGACGUUUUUGCCGGGGCUUUCGGUUUUAAUGUACAACACGCUCAUGUAGGAAACACUUCGGAGAUUAGAGUGUUGACUAAAAA